AUGGAAAAGUCAAUCAUGGGGGAUGCAAGAAACAGAACAGCAGUUCAGGAAUUCACCCUUGAGGGGUUUCCUGCUAUCCAGCACCUGGGGAAGGUCCUCUUCUUGGUGCACCUGCUGAAGUAUCUGGCCUCCAUCACAGGAAACAUACUCAUAAUCACCAUCACCUGGGCUGACCAUCACCUCCAUAUACCUAUGUACUUCUUCCUCAGCAGUUUUUCCUUUAUAGAGUGCUGUUUUAUAACCACUGUUAUUCCUAAAUUGCUGGCCAUCUUUCUGUCAGGGAAGCAAACAAUUUCCUUUGCUGCCUGCUUCAAACAAGCCUUUGCCUUUCUUUUCCUGGGAGCAACUAUUUUCUUUCUUAUGGCUGUAUUAUCCUUGGAUUGGUACCUGGCCAUUUGCAAACCUCUGUAUUACCCAACCAUCAUGAACCCAAGGAUGUGUUUCCUCCUGGUCACUGCCUGCUUAGCUUUGGGAUUCCUCCUCAUGGUGGUUCCAGUUAUAAUGCUUUCUCAGUUAUCCUUCUGUGGCCCUUAUGUCAUUCCUCACUUCUUAUGUGAUUUUGCGCCCUUGGCUAAUCUCUCUUGUUCUGACACCAGAUCUAUUGAAAUGUUGCUCUUUGACCUUGCUUUGUUUAUCCUUUUGACAUCCCUUGUUAUAACCGUCAUUGCAUAUAGCAACAUAGUAAUCACAAUCACGCAUCUCCCAUCAGCUAAAGAGCAACAGAAAGCUUUCUCCACCUGCUCAUCUCAUCUUAUUGUCCUCUCUCUGAUGUAUGGCAGCUGUGUCUUUAUAUAUGUGAAACCAAAGCAAACAAACCAACUGGACUCCAAUAGGGAGGCUGCCCUUGUGAACACAGUGGUGACCCCGCUGCUGAACCCUGUCGUCUACACUCUACGGAACAAGCAGGUCCACCAGGCUCUGAGAGAUGCUCUGUCCAGGGUGACAUUACAGAAAUAG